AUUAUAGAUGCUUUCUUAUCAGAACUGCGAUAAAAUAAGAUAAGAGCGAUAAAAUUUGACAGUUUUCACUUAAUUAAUGGAAGUGUGAAAAUAAUAAAAACUUAAGGCAAAUAUGUCCAGUGUUUGCAGUAAUUUGGUAAAAUUUUCAAAAAAUCAAGAGAUUAUAAAGGACCUAAGUCGAUUUCUGCAAACGUGGGAUUACAAAAGUGUUGAAACAGUUGAAGAGUUUAAAGAAGAUAUUCCUCAAGUGGUAAAGGAACUAGUUGAAGCGGUGUUUUCUGGAAAAGAUGUAAGUGCAGAGGUUCCAGAUUUAAUAACAGAGGUUGUACACAGCGAAGUCUACGAUACGCUCUUUUAUCGAAUCAAACAGCAACACCACAAGGAGGACUUAAGAGUCUACCAAAUGUCCAUAGAGUUUUGCAAAACUGGUGGGACACCAAAACAGCUCGGACAUACCAUCUAUAAUUUUAUUCCCAGUGCUUCUGUUGUAGAACUGUCAAUGUUAAAUAACAAAAACACCCCGAAAGAUAAACUUGACUGCCUACAAACCACCUAUGACUACAUUUUUGCUGAAGUCAAAUCAGCCCUUAUAUCAGUCAUAUCAAAAUACUCAGAAAAAGAGAUUGAUUUACCCUUAAUAAAUAAUAAGGAAGUAAUCCCUAUAGUGAUGGCGGUCAUAUUAAAAUCAAAGAUGUUCUAUUUUGUUAGCGAUAUGGCCUAUAUUGAACUGUUUGCAGAUGAUAUAUUAGAAAAAAAUGUUGAUUUAAAGUUUAUUUUAAUGGUAUUUAAAGAAUCUCUAAAGAAUAUCCUAAAAAUGUCUGAUCUAACCGUUCACUGUGAUAACUUAUCAAGUGAUAAACUUGAAAAUAAACUAAGUGUAUGUGAUACUAUUAGCUUCAUUGAAAAACUUGAUAAGAAGCAGGAAGGUGAUCCAUCGAUAUUGCAAGAAGAAAGAUUAAGGGUUGCUAAGUUAAUAACUGUUGCUACGACUCAAGGAUUAGAAGAGAAUGACUGAGUCUAGAUUUUCUGCUUUAAGCUGCUGACAUUUCCUCUAUCAUCUUCAAGACUUCCUUAGUGUUUCCUAAAAUAGCUACAUGGAGAAGAAAUCCAGAAGUAUACAGUAAAGACAUAAUAUUAGGAGUUCAAACUUCACCGUCUAUAUGAUUUUCUUUUUGGUCAUGAAGUUCGAGAAAGAAUUGUUUACUUGAGUAUUAAUAAAUUUGUAGACAAUUGUUUAAACAAUA